CUGUGUUCCCCUGUCUUCCCCCUGCACAUUUAUAUAUAAUUACAUGCUAUCAAUGGACUCUGCUAACACUACAACCAGUGUGCUGUGUUAUGUCACCAAUGGGAGUGCUUGUCCCUAGGUCACCCUGCAGGCCCAGGGCCCUUCCAGCCUGUGCACUGGUAGCAGCAUGUCUCACUUAUGGGUCCACAGACACUUCCAUGUGUGCAGUAUCGCAUGCAGCAGCAGUGGCAGUGUUGGGAGUACUCCCCUCCGCUGAGAGUGCAUGUGUUGUGUUCUCUGUGACCUUAGCUGAUCCUCCGUACAUUGCAUUUCUGUGGCCUAUUAAACAAUCUGCAGGGACAGGUUUAUUUUAUUUGGGCAUCGCUAUGGUAACCAUCUAUCAAGAGAGAUGGCGGAUCAAGGAUUUUUAAUGGAGGUCUGUGUAGAUUCCGUGGAGUCUGCUGUGAAUGCUGAGCGGGGAGGUGCCGGGCGUAUAGAAUUAUGUGCCAGUUUGCUAGAAGGAGGAAUUACACCUACCAUAGGUCUUUUGCAGAUAGUUAAGCAGUAUGUCCAAAUUCCAGUCUUUGUGAUGAUUCGGCCGCGAGGGGGAGACUUUCUGUACUCCGACCGGGAGGUGGAAGUCAUGAAGGCUGACAUCCGUCUAGCUAAGAUACACGGUGCUGAUGGACUGGUGUUCGGAGUCCUGACAGAAGAUGGGAGAAUCGAUACAGAACUGUGCAUGGAUCUGCUUGCGGUCUCCCGUCCACUUCCGGUUACUUUCCACCGAGCGUUUGACAUGGUCUAUGACCCUCUCCUUGCUAUGGAGACCCUGAUUUCGCUGGGCAUUGAGCGAGUUCUGACCAGUGGCUGUGACAGCUCUGCGCUGGAAGGUCUACCUCUAAUAAAGAGACUUGUGGAACAGGCUAAAGGCAGAAUUAUAGUGAUGCCAGGUGGUGGUAUUACAGAGCGGAACCUGCACAGGAUCCUGGAGGGUGCGGGAGUUCAGGAGUUCCACUGUUCUGCUCGCUCUACCAAGGAGUCAUUGAUGAAAUAUAGAAACAACUCUGUGUCUAUGGGAGCUGCACUUACUACCUCCGAGUAUUCUAUCAAGGUUGCUGAUGUGGCAAAAGUCAGGACACUGAAUGCUAUGGCAAAGAAUUUCCUGUAAGGCAAACCGUGCCGAUCUCCUGGGAGAAGAGAAUGAGGUGUUGCAUCAACACAGAAGAGAACGCUACCUGCAAUACUGUGCCAGCUGGUGGAUAGGUAGAUAGAGGACAAACAUUUGUUACGGAAGCUACUGCAUGACCGCAUAUGGGCUCUUUGUUUUACUUGUACAAACUAGGCAAAGCAGUGUCUGAGAGACGAGCUCACUCACCCACACACCCGCAAUGUUCUGCGUCUGUUUAUCAGCGGCUGGACUGUACCUGUGCACAAACACUGUAACGCUGGGAAGGGAAUUAGAGCAUUGUGCUGUAGAGGACAUGUCUGCCAUUCCUGUCCUUAAACGCCUUGAUAAUGAGUGUCUUGGUAUCGCAAUUCAUCUAUACUUCACUGCAGUCAUCGCUUAUAGAGAAGCGAUUUCUCCAAUCAUCUAUAAUACAGCAGCUUAUUCCUUACAGUGUCGGGUAGGCGAGCCCAAGUAUAAGUAAUAUAUAGCCACAAAUAAAUCGGAUAAUGGCUUGGUAGUAAAGAAUUAUUGGGUUCCACACGUAACACAUCUGUAAUCAAAGGGAAGAUACAGCAUACGUCAGAUGUAUAAUUUCACUGUCAUUAUUUUUUUUUUUAACGGCUUUUAGUUAAAGUUUUGCACUUUAACUAAUUAGUUUGCUCGUCCUUUUCCUGCAAUUUGUUCACUAAAUGCAUUGCUUGAUCUUCAUGACUUCAUAUCGUCCAGGCAGAUUUUUUUUUAUUUAGUAAAAGUUGCAGACGGGUACGCAUUAAGGAAUAAAUGAAAGCUAUGUGUAAAGGGGGGUACACACGGAGCGAUAAUCUAAGCAAUCUGACUAGAUUGCUUAGAUUUUCAGCAACAUCGCUCCGUGUGUAGCCCCCUCAGCGAUAGCGAUGCGCGGCCCCGCACAUCGCUAUCGCUGCUGCUAGAUUGGCCUGCAUGCAGGCCAAUCUAGCGGGUCGCUCACUUCACCCGCUGGGUGAAAUGAGCGGCCCCCCCGUCUCCCCCCGCACGCUCAGCACAGAUCGCGCUGUGCUGAGCGCCGGGAGAGAUGUGUGCUGAGCGGUUCGCUCAGCACACAUCUCUCCCAAAUCGGGCCGUGAGUACUGGCUUUAAGUCCUUUUAAACAUGUACAUUUUCUGCACAGAGAGCCUUAUUUUAUUAAAUACAAAGGGUUCAUUCAGCACCAAAGUUUUGGCCUCUGAUAACAAAGUUGUUCUCGACUUAGACUGCUGAAUUUAAUAGGGAAAUUAUAUAUAAAAAAACAAUACAAAAUUAUGCUUGUUUUGCGUUCUUUUAUUAUUGCCACUUCAAACCUAGCAGUCAAAGCCACCAUUUAGUAAAUAUACUGUAGCCCUUGGUGUGGUCAGACAAGUUGUGUUCUGGGUGUAACAAAGGUGUGAGUAAGGCUAUGGGGCAAAUUCAGUUAGUGGCGAAAUUUACAGUGAUUGCCGUUUUCAACACAUUUGCGUCUUUUUUGCCGCAAAAAUACAGUAUACGCGCUCCUGCGAUUUGUGUAUUCAAUUAUAAAGUCGCAAAAAUGGGAUUACUGCACAAAAUUGAGACAAAAGUGAAAAAUGGGUAAAUCUGUCAGUACUCCCCAAAAAAGCUAAACUAGCAUCGGAUAACAAUAUAGAAGUUUCUUGUAGGUUAUAAUAAAAGUAUUUCUGGUACUUAUUUGGGUCAAAUGGCUGUUAUAUGCAUUCUUUUUUUAUUUUUUUUAUUAAAAUUUUUUUUAUAGAAAGCUAUAUUUUUUUCCAGCGAAAUAAGUGCUCUUGUUAAAUUUACGGUACAUAAAAAUAUGGGUAUAAGUAUAUAUUUGGGUAAUUUUAGGGGACUUUAAAAAAAAAAAGAAGUGGAAACAGAUUACUCCCACCUGCAAGUCUAAAAACACUUGUGCCACUCAUAAAACACCCAAAUAUACCUGUCCCAUACCUUGUACCCCAAUAUCCAUCAUUUUGCACCUUUUCACCCUAAAACUGACAUGUCAUUAUUGCCCAAUUAAAAAUAAUUAAAAACGUCUAAGUGCCUAAUUAGUCAUUCAGGGGCUGUCCCAGGGGUUCUGAACCAAAUCCUGACAUUUUUAACUUAAAAUAGGGAUUUUCCCCAAGUUUAUCACCUGCUCAUACCCUGUGAAUUGCAAUUUGCAGUAAAAUUACUGUAAAACCAUUUUCGCAGACAAUUGAAUAGGUGCGUUUUGCCAUUCGCUGUAAAUUCGUGUUUUCCGUUUUCGCGGCCUGUAGCCGGAACCUGUCUGGGGUUGAAUACUUUUCUUUUCUCUGUUAGAACUAUCUAAUCCACUUGUCUGAGCAAGCCUUGUUAUCUGUCUGAUUAAGAUAGGAUCAACUGGUAUUUUAGCUUUAAAAAUUAGAUAUCGAGUUCUUUGUGAUUUAAACUAGCGUUAUACUCUGAACAUUUCUUCAUAAAGUACAAGUAAUCUGUGCGUCAUGUAUUUUAGCUUUAGGAAGACGCGGCAGAUGGUUACUUUGUAGAAGCACCUAGUUUAAAUGAAAUUCUACUUUUUAUGUAUUAACAGAUGUCUUUUAUUUUGGCGCUGCAUGGCAAUUAUUAUAUAUCUGCAUGCAGUACAAUGUAUCAUUAGGGUGGAGGUCAGCUUGUAUGUUAUACAUACCGGAAGGUGAUAGUGUCCGUAUUACAAUAUAUAUGUUCGAUGUGCAUUGGGUUUGAGCCAUUUCAUGAUAGAAGGCUGGAAUAAAAAAUGCAGUGUUUAAAUCAAAAGUCCUGUUCCACCUGUGGUUGUUUCUAUAUUCCGGUUAAUUGUGUUUAAAAAAACAAAACAGAAAUCAGUUAAAAAUCUUGAACCAAAUAAAAAUGUUUUGCAUUA